AUGGCGAGCAUUGCAUCAGAGACUGUCCAACCUACUGGGACAACCACAGAAGUGACUGACACGCAGCAAAGUGAAGAGCAGCCUGCGACUAAAUACAUGCAAGGAUGGGCCCUCGCUUCGUUGACAUUGGCUUUCAUGUCCAUCUGCUUUGUACUGGCAAUUGACAACACCAUCCUAGCGACCGCGAUACCCCAGAUUAGCAGCGAUUUUCAAAGCCUCAAUGACAUUGGUUGGUAUGGCUCCUCUUACUUGAUCGCGCAGAUGGCACUACUACCUACUUGUGGUCGUCUCUACGCAUUCUACAACAUUAAGUGGGUGUAUUGCAUCUCGCUGGCCGUUUUUGAAAUUGGAUCUAUUAUCUCUGCGGUCGCCCCAAAUUCCAUGGCGCUUAUCAUAGGGAGAGCAGUCUCUGGCCUUGGUGCCGCUGGCUUGGUGAGCGGAACAACAACUAUCCUGGCGUAUUGUGUCUCUUUGAAAACCCAGGCGAUGAUAUCGCCCAUGGUCCUGGGCGUGUACAAUAUUGGGUCCGCGAUUGGACCACUCGUGGGCGGUGCCAUAACAGACAGCAAGGUGCUAAGCUGGCGGUUCAUAUUCUGGAUCAAUCUUCCUUUCGGAGCUGUUGGGCUUGUUCUUGUUUGGUUCACCUUGAGGCAACCACCACCACCAGUGAAGGGGGGUAUACCCUGGAUCCAAAAGCUACGUCAACUUGACCUUCCAGGGGCUGUGUUGUUACUAGGUGCGACAUCAUGUUUAAACUUGGCAUUACAAUGGGGCGGUAUAGUCUAUCCAUGGUCUGAUUCCAAGGUAUUCGGGUGUCUGAUCGGAUUCGGUUUGCUCUUGAUUACCUUCUUGUAUUUGCAAUUCCGAGGGAAAGAAAGCUCCACUAUCCCUCUUCACAUUUUCCGAAGUCGCACAGUAUCGGCGUCAUGUGCUUUCAUGAUGCUUGUGCAGGUGGCCAUAGUACUGCAAUCUUACUACUGGCCUAUAUACUUCCAAUCGGUGAGGAACACCAGUGCUAGGGAUUCGGGGAUUAACUUACUCCCAUUGAUCGUAUCGAACAGCCUCGGAACGAUCUGCGCUGGUUCCUUGGCAUCGAGAUUCGGGCACUAUGUACCGUUCAUGUGGAUCGGGCCUCUUAUACUGGCUACCGGAGGGGGACUUUAUCAAAUGGUUCGUGUCGACAGUCCCCGUGGAGACUGGAUUGGGUUUCAAAUUCUGUCCGGGCUUGGCUAUGGAAGUUGUAGCCAAAUGCCGAUUCUGGCUGUGCAAGUUGUCCUCGACAGAGCAGAUAUACCUACAGGCCUUGUUGUGGUCAUGUUUUUUCAGAUGCUUGGGGGCGCCUUGGCUCCUAGCGUUGGGCAGAAUCUCUUUACUGAUGCACUACUGCAAAAUCUGAACAAGAUUCAGGGGAUCGAUGGUGCAGCCGUAGUAGCAGCCGGUGCAAGAGGUUUCAGAGAGGUUGUUCCUUCUCCCCUUAUGGAUGCCGUUAUCACCUCAUUCAAUUCGGCGUUGAGGAAUGUUUUCUGGGUGGGUCUAGCCACACCGACCCUUGCGUGGAUAAUAAGCUGGACGAUGGAAUGGCGACAAUUGCCUGACUCCAAGAAUCCAGUUACCCAGGCUCCAAUUGAGGAGGUCACGGAGAAAUAA